AAUUCUCCAGCGUAUUCCCUGACUUCUACGUCCGCGAUGUCUUCACCGUCUUCGUCCACAUUUAACUCUACUCUUUUGAGUCCUUCCAUCGAGUCCCUUCUGUCGAGCACUCCUGCAGACGAUGCUGUCAACAUCACUUCAAGUUCUCCGAUGACUUUAUCCGCCGGGACUUCGGACUCUGCAGACGAUGCUGUCAAUAUCACUUCGACUUCUUCGACGAUUUCAUCUGCCGGGGCUUUGACGUCUCCGAUGAAUUCAUCCGCCAAGACUUCAGGCUCUACAGUUGAUGCGACUGCUCCGUUCUUCAGACUGCUGGUUCUCCGGGCACUACUACUGCUUCCGAUAUUCAGACCGGCGGUGCUUCGAACGAUUCCCCAGGCUGCCGAUCCUCAGUUGGCUUCAAUCCCCGAUGGUUUUCAGAAUAUUCCUCCGACCUCUGCCUCCGCGGCUUCGACUUCGGCGAUUUCUGCCCCCGGUCUGUGCUCUGACGACCCCACCUCGGGACUCUUGUCCAGCAUUCAGACGAUGGGUAUCUCUCAGAAGAGUACCAAACCCGAUAUCGACAUGCUUUUCGGAAAGAUAGGACUCAGUGAUACGCAUGGCUCGAUUUUCCACUUCGGUUGUUCAGAUACCAAGCAGCCUUCGAAGGGUAUUUUCGAUUUCAAUGCAGUCAGAAAAUCUGCUUUCGCGGAGGUGCCGUCGGGUAUUUUUCAGCAGGUGUCUGCGAAAUUCCAGGCUCCACAGGCUCUCGAUUCGGACGUCAACACGCAAGUGGUGAUUUACGACGCAUCCAAGCACCAUUCCAACAGCCAGCUGAAGGGCCAGAAACGCAUCAAUUUUGUGCAAGAGCGCGGCAGUCACCGUCGCAACGUUCAGCUUCCUGGUCGGCCCUCGCACCCCUCCAAUUCUGUGGCCGGUAUUCAAGCAGAUGGUGUUGAAGCUCUUGUCGAGAGAUCUCCCUUUGUUGCCAUCGUCGACAAGGUUCGCAAGCUCAACACCUUUUGGCAAUCCAUCUAUGUCGGUGGAAGAUCAUGGACUAUCGCACCCGAGUACCUCCAUGACGCUCAUCAGGAUAUUCUCACCGAAAUUAUAAUGGCGCCAAAUGAGCUUCGUCAAUACAAGUUCACCCUGGUGUCUCCCUCGGAGGAGAAGCUCAGGGGAAUGCAGAGGUGUAAUGUCUGCCUUCGGACCUCGAACAUAUCCCAAUGUCGGACUCAUCCCGGGCAGGUUAUCAAGUUGUGGGAUCCACGCGCCAGAAAGAUGAUUCGCGUUUACAGCUGCUGUCAUGCCAAGAAGGGCAAAUUGUUGGCUGGAUGCACGAUUCAUUAUAAUCACGAUCUGGAGAGUCUCGAGGACCUGAAAACCGACUUCACCUACCAGCCGACUCUUGCCGUCCAUCCGAAAGGGUUGGAGACAAAGCGAGCAGUGGUGAUCAAAUGUUGUACCGGAAUUGCUGGGUUCGGCCGCCCCGAGUUGAUCAAGUUUAUCGUGAUCGACUUCCACACCGCGGAAGUGCUGAUCAAUAUGCUCGUGUCUCCUACCGCGCCAAUCCUACGCUGGAGGACCGGAAAAACUGGCGUCACCAAGAGCAAGAUGGUUCAGGCGGACAGCUACGGCGAGAACCUCGAGGGAUGGGAGGAGGCUCGCGACCUCCUCUGCAGCUACAUCGACCAGACCACGGUCCUGAUUGGCGAGGAUAUGAAGGCCAACCUAGAUGCUCUUCGACUGACGCACCGUCGAGUCAUCGACGUUGGCAUCCUCAUCCCGAAGGUGGAACACCAGAAGCAUAACCUCCGGGCCCUUGCCGCCUCGCUCCUUCAUGUACACGUCAAUGAGAAGUGGAAGGACAUGGUCGACGACGCCCUAGCAGCUAGGGAGCUCGUCUUCUGGGUCCUGAAAUCUCCAGACGCGUAUAUGAAGAGACUGAGGCGGCACUGCAUCCAGACUCUCUCCAAGGAGAAGAGGAUGAUGCAGAGGGCCCGGGAGGCUGCGGUGAAGAACGAGGCCAUCCAAGCGCGCACCAAGGCCGUGCAGUCCGCUCGUAGAAACGAGCGUGACGGGGGCGAGGAGAUGUGUGAGGGGGAGGCGCAGAGGGCCGCCAAGCGUGUCCGGCGCAACAACUAG